AGACGUGAGUGAGUGCAUAAUUGCGUACUCUUCUCGGCGAACUUGAACGAAGUCGAACGUCGCAAAUGACUCGAUCGUAGCGUCGACGCGAAUUAUGGCGAAUCGUAAGAGGAUUGACGAUUCGGAUCGUCGCCAUCGUCGGUCGUCGAGAAGCCGCACGUGGUCCUUGUCGCCCGACGAAGAGGAGGAGGAGAAGGAGACGACGACCUCCUGGAAGUCUUGCGUAGCGGCGUGUAAGAACCCUCCAUCACCGUCGGGAAACGAGGUGGUUUUUGUACCGUUUUCGUCUGAUGAGGAGAAAAUGACCUCCGUUCAUUACCCUUGGAAUACCCAAUCCAUGAACAAGCCAUCGCCGACGUUAGACCGUUUCAGUAGGAGUCACGUUGACUCUAUUGAGCAAUCAACAGGUCAAGACGCGCCAUUGCGUCGCGAUAACAACCCCUUUAGUUUUAAGGCUUUUUUGAAGAAUGGCAUGCAGCAAACCAACUAUCACAAUACUGGGGCAAGGCCAAAGGUUUACUCAUCCUCCACACCUAGUUCUGGUAAUAUUGUGGACAAAGAUAAUGUCAGCAGUAGCGUUUAUUCUGGGCGAAACCCAACGGAACUGCCAGACUUUGUACAGGAUCACCUGGUCAUUGAACAGUGUUACCUGAACCAUGAGAAUAGUCAACCAAUACUAUCUGAGGUAGAUAAUCUACCAGAUUUUGCAUUGAACAGUAUGGAACAAAGGCAGUCUCGAUUACGAAGCGAGACCAAAAAGAACGACUCUGACAUCUUGUGCGAUGAUCUACGAUCAUUUGAUCUCACUGAUACGUUGAACAAGGGCUUACCACACAGAGAUCAUUCUGCAUCAAAUACAAUGCAUUCGAAUCACUUGGACCUACCUAUGUUUGAAGAUAGACACAACGAAACUGCACCUGUCUUUCCUCGCCCUGAACAUAGAGAAUUUCCACUCGAUUUACCAUUAAUCUUUGCUGACUCGAAUCCUAAUAUAAAUACAACUACAAGAGGUGAUCUUCCACCAGGAAGUGAAGCGAAUGUUCACAAAUCUCUACCAGACUUUUUAAGCGAUGGUCCUAUACAUAAUAGAUCUUCAGAUUCAGAACUUACAACGAGCAUGGCAGAAUCCACAGAAAGAAGGCUUUUGCUCGAGAACGAAAGAUUACGUCAGCAAUUAGAAGCAUCUCGAAGGCAACUUAGUGAAAAAAUGGAAAGAAUUCGUUCACUGGAGGCAGAAUUGUUAUCUAAAAAGGAAGUCGAACACGAAGAAACGGUGCACUUGGAAAAAGCGAUAGAGCAAGUCGAAGAUAACUUAAAACGAAGUACAAAGCGAGCAGUUAAUGCUGAAAGUACUGUAACAUCAUUGAAAAAAGAGAUUAAACUUUUAACGACAGAGAUAUCUCUACUACGACUAGAGAAUGGUGAUCUUCGAGCUGGUAUUUUAGCUACUGGACAAAGUGAAUCGAAUGCUGGUGCUAUUAACAUGAAUCGUACGAUUAGAAGGCUUGCGCAUGACUUAUUCGCGGCUGCAUCGUCGGCUGAAGUAUCCCUCAGGCAAUUAAUGUCCGGUGUGGAUAAUCUGAGAGUACUCGCAUCGACCCUCGAAAAUGUGGACAGGAUAGAAGAUUGGACCAAAGACUUUUUACCUGAUUCUGAUGAAGAUAAUGCCGCUGGUCCCGCAGUAUAAUAGAAUUUCGCUCUUUCUCUCUCUCUCUCUCUCUCUCUCUCUCUCUCUCUCUCUCGCUAUACAUAUACAUAUAU